GAGUGCAGUCUGUUCACCGCCAGCCCAGACAGAGAUACCAGCUGAGCCGAGUGGUUCGCCGGGAGGGGCUCCGGCGUUCCUGCGACCAUAAUACACUUUCCGUCCGUCCCGUAGCACCGGGCUGGCGGGCUCGGACAAAUCUGUGUUGACUGUCUUGCACUGAUACUAGAUUGUUAGGGGAAGCACCGCUGGCUUCUCUCACUCGCCAAACCGUGUUGUCCUCCUGCUGCCUUCCCCUUUUGUUUGCUCCUCUCGAUCCGCGGGACUGCUAGCUAGAUACCGAAGAUGCCCAGUUCGCUCUUCGCAGAUAUGGACAGAAAUGUGGGCAGUCAGGUGGACGCCCUGGGGGACCAAACCGUCCUACAGAUAGCACUGGACCAGCUGCUUGGCUUGGACAACGAUGACAGCUCUGUUUAUGACAACGAGCCGAGGAAGAAGAGUGUUAACAUGACCGAAUGUGUCCCGGUUCCCAGCUCGGAGCACGUAGCCGAAAUCGUCGGCAGGCAAGGCUGUAAAAUCAAAGCCUUGCGAGCAAAGACCAACACCUAUAUCAAGACUCCGGUGCGAGGGGAGGAGCCGGUGUUCGUGGUGACGGGCCGAAGAGAGGACGUAGCCAUGGCAAGGAGAGAGAUCAUCUCGGCUGCAGAGCAUUUCUCCAUGAUCCGAGCCUCCAGGAACAAGAACGCCAGCCUGAAUGGCGGGGGUGGGGCAUCCAUCCCUGGGCCCCCCAACCUGCCUGGGCAGACCACCAUCCAGGUACGCGUGCCCUACAGGGUAGUGGGACUGGUGGUGGGGCCCAAGGGGGCCACCAUCAAGCGCAUCCAGCAGCAGACGCACACCUACAUUGUCACGCCCAGCCGCGACAAGGAGCCGGUGUUUGAGGUGACGGGCAUGCCCGAGAAUGUGGACCGCGCGCGGGAGGAGAUUGAGGCCCAUAUCGCCGUGCGGACGGGAGGGUUCGUGGAGCUGACCGAUGACAAUGACUUCCAUGCCAACGGCACGGAUGUGGGCUUCGACCUGCACGGCCACCCCGCUCUGUGGAGCAAGGCUGCUGCCACCACCACGCCCACCGCCGGCCGUAAGCCCUUCGCCAACUACCGCAACGACAGCUCCAGCUCCCUGGGCAGCGCCUCCACCGACUCCUACUUUGGCAACAAUGCCGGCUCCCGGUUGGCCGACUACAGCCCCCCCAGCCCCACCUUGAGCUACACGGCCUCCAGCAAUGGCAACAACAACAAUAACAACAACAACAACGCCAAUAUUAACGGCAACAUUAAUGGCCACGGUGACAAGUUUGUCUCCAUUUCCCCAGUUUGCACUGAUCUGACAUUUAAAUCUUCACCAGGAUUCAACCAUUCCCCUGCCACGCCCUCUGCUCCCAGUCUGCUGUGGUCACAGUAUGACCACCCUGCACCUUCUGGCGGUGCCCCGCCCACUGUGUUUCCAGCUGCUGCUUCUGCAAACGGCAGCGGGGGCGUUGGGAACCAGCGGGCCCCAUCCAGACUGUCCCCUCCCCUGCACCAUCACCACGCCAAUGGCCUGUCCCAGCACCCGCUGGCUCGCAGGGUGUGCAGUGACCCAGGAGGGGGCGCCCUCUCCUUUUCCACCUUCUCUAGCUGUGGGCUGUCCAAUGGGAUGGAGGAGACCUCCAUGUCCGGGCCACACCUCCCUGAAAUGCCAUCCGACUCCUCCGCUUCAUCGGAUUCCUCAACAUCCUCAUCCUCCUCUUCCUCUUCCACGGGUACGAGCCGGAAGGGCAGCCGGGACUGCUCGCUGUGCUUUGAGAGUGAGGUGAUUGCCGCACUGGUGCCCUGCGGGCACAACCUGUUCUGCAUGGAGUGUGCCAACCGCAUCUGUGAGCGGAACAAUCCGGAAUGUCCCGUCUGCCACACUGCUGUCACUCAGGCCAUACGCAUCUUCUCAUAGGACAUGCCCAACUGGGACACACCCCACAGCAGACUAGAACUGUUGUGCAUUUUGAAGAUCUAAUGACACAUGUAUACAUGAACAUGUGUGUGGGUGUAGUCAUAAGUAUUUGUCUGUGUUGACAUAGAGACAUGUAUAUGUAGAAACAGGGAAGUUUUUGUGUAGAGAAAGUGGAGCGUGUGUGUGUAGACAUAGAGACUUGUGUGUGUGUGUGUGUGUGUGUGAAGUCUGCAUGCUUGUGUGCAUGCAUGUGUGCACACAAGGCUGCAGCAUCCCAAAGGAGCAGUGGUCAGGGCUCUGCUGUUUGUUUGUAAUGUACUGUAACCUGGGAACAUUUACAACAUCUAAUGCAUGCUUUAAAUAUUAGAGUAUAAUUGCAAGCUUUGCAGUAAAUUAGCUGUUUGCGGAGUUAUGAAAUGGAGGAAGACACCUAAUGGGGUUAUUGUUUCAUGGCGGUGAAGCCUGUGUGCGAAAUGGGCCUUCAGGCUUGACUGCUGGAAUGUACUGGAGGUGCAAGUAAUGGUAUAGGUAUGUGGGACUAUAAUGAAUCUGCAGUGAGUAAGAGUUACAGCAUAUAUUGUGUAUGUAAAUGCCUGUAUACAUAGAUCCAAAAUUUCACAAGUUUAAAAUGUAAAUAUGAAUUACAUUAAUACAGAUCAAAGUAUUUUAUUCUUUGACAUGAAAGACUAUAUUUCGUAUUGCAAAGAUGUUUACAAGUAUUGUAAUUUUAAGUUCAGUGAACUUUUUUGUAGCUGGGUAAAACCUUUUAUCUUUCAUUUUCAGUAUGGCCUUAAGGCAGAGAACACUGUAUAAUUUUAAUAUCAUAAACUGUUGGGCUGAAUUACAAACCACAACAUGUAUUUCAAUUAUCACUAUUUUGUUGGGAUGGGUUUUUAAGUUCAGCAAAAAUGUCUUUUAAAAUCCGUUCACCUGGCAUAUUUUUUAUUCAGUAAUAUAAAGCAUAUUUUAUUCUAUAUUAUUACAAAACCUGAAAAGUAUAAAACUUAGUAA